AUGGUGAACACUAGCUUGGGAAAUCCCGAGCCUAGGAGCCUCGGGUCCUCCACCUCACGUAGCCGUCCCAACCAACCCAACAAGAUCAAAACCAAGCCUAUUCUCUUCAUCCUCGCCGCCCUGCUGGUGGCAUCCGCCGCCUGCGCUGCUGCGGCCGCGGCAGCUGUCCGGAGGGGAGGCGGUUCAGGCCAAAUCAUCCACAUUUCGGUCAACGACACGCUCCGACGAGUCGGCCGCGCGUUGGACGCCGCCUCCAAUAUCAGCCGCAUGGAUAUGGAUAAUCACACCAGGUCGGCCAUAGACGGUUGCCUGGAGCUGCUCGAAGAUUCAUCGAAUCAGCUCUCGGGAGCCCUCAACUACAAUGGCUCGGCUCACGACGUGAUGACGUGGCUGAGCGCCGGGAUGACGAACAUCGACGGCUGUGCCGAUGGGCUCGACGAGGUCGGCGCCGGCGAAGUGAAGGAUCGGAUGGCGGCCGAGCUUAGGGACUUGUCGGAGCUCGUGAGCAAUUGCCUCGCGAUGUACGCCGCUGCAGCCGCCGCCGAUUUAUCGGGAGCUCCGGCGAACAGUUUGGGGAGGAGGCUGAUGGGGGCGGCGGCGGAGGCAAGCGGGGGAUUUCCGGCGUGGCUGUCCCGGCGGGACAGGAGGCUGCUGGAAAUGCCGACGGCGGAGAUAAAGGCGGACGUUGUUGUGUCGCCUGACGGAAACGGGACGUGCCGGACAAUCGGGGAGGCGAUCGAGAAGGCGCCGGAGAAUGGGGGCCGGCGGUUCGUCAUCCACGUGAGGGCGGGAAGGUACGAGGAGGAAAUACUGAAGGUGGGGAGGACUAAGAAGAACCUAAUGUUUGUCGGAGACGGUAAGGGCAAAACGGUCAUUACCGGUAAUAAGAGCGUUGCUGACAAUAUGACAACCUUCCAUACUGCGUCAUUUGCUGCGACCGGCAACGGCCUCAUAUUGAAGGACAUCACAUUCGAGAAUUUAGCCGGGCCAAGCAAUCAUCAGGCAGUCGCCCUACGUAUCGGGGCCGACCAAGCCGUGAUCUAUAACUGCAGCAUCAUCGGGUAUCAAGACACACUGUAUGUCCACUCCCAGAGACAGUUCUACCGAGAAUGCGACAUCCACGGCACCGUAGACUUCAUAUUCGGAAAUGCGGCCGUUGUCUUCCAGAGUUGCAACAUCUACGCUCGGAAACCACUGCCAUCUCAAAAGAACACCAUCACAGCCCAGAGCCGCCAGGACCCGAACCAGAACACUGGCAUCUCAAUCCACAACUGCUCUAUCAUGGCUGAGCCCGACCUUAUGGCCAACAAGAGCGAAUAUCCCACGUACUUGGGGCGACCGUGGAAGUUUUACUCACGAACGGUCUACAUGCUAUGCAACAUUAGUGACCAUAUUGACCCUAAGGGGUGGCUCCAGUGGAAUCAAUCAUCGUUCGCGCUUGACACGUUGUACUAUGGGGAGUACAAGAAUUAUGGGCCUGGGGCCGUCACCAUGCAGCGCGUGAAUUGGACGGGCUAUCAUGCGAUUAUGCCUACGGAUGAGGCCAACAAAUUUACGGUGGGCCGGUUUCUAUCCGGCUCGUCGUGGUUGCCCUUGACCGGGGUCGCGUUUGAAGGCGGUUUGGGGAUUGUGAAUUAA